GAGUCUAUAAACACAGAGUAAGAGAGAGGUUCUCAUCACAGAGCAGAGAUAAUCUUAUCACAGAGCAGAGAUAGUCUUAUCACACAGCAGAGAAGACAGACAGACAGAGGAAACCUUUACAGAGAAUCACAAACAGACAUAAUCUACAUUUCACACAUCUCUCCUCCGUUCUCUGGAAGACAUCUUCACUCAGUGUUAGUCCAGACACCUCCGCACAGCUCAGUUUAUCAGUGACCGAUCAUGGCGUCUACCAUGGACAGUGCCAAGAUCCUCUUCUCUGUUCUGUUUCUCUACGUCUGCUACCAGGUGACUCAGGGCCAGAUGGUGAUGGACUGCUGUCUGGAGGUCAGCAAAAAAGAGAUCCCACAACGCAUUGUCACGGGUUACCAGCCUCAGGUUAGGGGUCAAGGCUGCUCCAUUGACGCCAUGGUCUUCAACACCAGAAAGGGGCGUAAGCUGUGUGCCCCUGCCGGCCCUGCCUGGGUUACUAACCUGAUGAAACACAUGGACAAGCUGAUCAAGAUGUGCGAUGACACCAACUUCAAGGGUAAACACUGUAAGAAGUUGAUGUCCUAAAGUCCCAAUUUGGACCCCCUCCCUCCCUCCACCCUCACCGCCACCUCCACCCCCCUUCUCCUGGUCCAUAGAAUAAUGAAAGGACAUUCCAAGUGGGGGGGGGGAAGUUUUUUUGUUUUUUAAUGAAUGGAAAAAUGUGAUUCCUCCUACCACUAAUGCACUUUUUCAGUUUCCUUCCAUCUUUAGUCUUUAUCCAGCAGACCAUGUUGUUUCUUCUGUCAGUUUUUACCCAGCAUGCCAUGUUGUUUCCUUCUGUCUUCAGUUUUUACCCAGCAUGCCAUGUUGUUUCCUUCUGUCUUCAGUUUUUACCCAGCAUGCCAUGUUGUUUCUUCUGUCAGUUUUUACCCAGCAUGCCAUGUUGUUUCUUCUGUCAGUUUUUACCCAGCAUGCCAUGUUGUAUCUUCUGUCUUCAGUUUUUACCCAGCAUGCCAUGUUGUUUCUUCUGUCAGUUUUUACCCAGCAUGCCAUGUUGUUUCCUUCUGUCUUCAGUUUUUACCCAGCAUGCCAUAAUGUUUCCUUCUGUCUUCAGUUUUUACCCAGCAUGCCAUGUUGUUUCCUUCUGUCUUCAGUUUUUACCCAGCAGACCAUGUUGUUUCCUUCUGUCUUCAGUUUUUACCCAGCAUGCCAUGUUGUUUCCUUCUGUCUUCAGUUUUUACCCAGCAUGCCAUAUUGUUUCCUUCUGUCUUCAGUUUUUACCCAGCAUGCCAUGUUGUUUCCUUCUGUCUUCAGUUUUUACCCAGCAUGCCAUGUUGUUUCCUUCUGUCUUCAGUUUUUACCCAGCAGACCAUGUUGUUUCUCAGUGGCACAUUCAUGUACUAUAUCUUUUACAUAUUUUAUGUGACAAAAUGAUAAAUAACAUUCCAGAAAGAGUAAAUUAGCUUUGAUUCCACCUGGGAACCUUAAAGCUACAGUCUGGGAUUGGAAAAGUAAUAAAACAACUAUUUUAUGAACAUGUAUUUAAUCAGGGGAGCCCCAUUGAGACCAGGGACUCAUUUUCAAUGGUGCCUUUAGAUCACAAAGCUAUAACAUGUGUUUAGUUAGCUGAUAUGUGAAAUACCUAUCCAGGCAAGUUUAGGUUUCAGCAAUGCCUGGGCUGAGGAGAGUGCCCUAUAACUUUAAGGUCAUAAGUCAGGGGUUAAAGGUCAGGGGUCAAAACGUACUGGCAGCUGGUUCAAACACCCAUCUUUAAAUUAAACUCAGAGACAAUCAAACAUUUGUUAACUUUUUGUGAACUUUGCAUUUAAUGAAUAUAUAUUUUUCAUUUAUCUGUUUAACAAUGACUGUCAAAUCAAGAUUUUGAGUGAACUUGAGUUCCUUUUUUAAUGAAAUGAGACCUUUAAUGACUAACCUCAAAAGGUUAAAUAGUGUAGUUCAUUGAUACCUUGCUCUUGUCUAUUUUGAAGGAUUAAACUGUGAGUAGAUGAAAUUGAAGGAACUGUAAAGCGACUGGUCCAUUUAUGGGUUUAACAUUUAUAAAACGUGUUGUGGUCCCUAGCUACAGUUAUUGAUGCAGGUUUAGAGUGCAUCCUAAUUGGCACCCUAUGGGCCCUAUGGGUCCUGGUUAAAAUAAGUGCACUAUGGAGGGAAUAUGUUGGGAUACGGAUAAGGUUGAUUUAGAUUCAGACAUUGAUUUGAGAGUCCAGAUAGUAAAAAUAAAAGUCCCCAGAACAAAACAAAAACAUCUUUAUCUACACUGUUUAAAAUUACUGUAUCAUUUUAUUACAUCUAGGGGCUAUUUCCAAAAGCCUAUUCCAACCCUAUUCCACAAAGAAAGGCAUUUGGGGGGGGGGGGGGGUGUUAUAGCAAUAGAGAGAAACAGAGAGCGAGCGAGAGCAAGCGAGGGAGAGUAGGCGAGAAAAAUACAUCCGAAAUGAAAACUACAGUGAAAGCUAAAGCCUUACCAAAAUAGAGGCUACAGCCAAACAAAAGAAGAAGUUAUAGCAAACAAGAGUAGAGUUCAGCCACCUUGUGAUUAGAAAUCUGUGAACUGAGAGAAAACAAAGAAUACUGGAACACACACACUAAAUGGGAACUGGGCCAGACUGUAGGAGUAUUGCUUCAUACCACAUUUGAACACAAACUUGAAUUUAUUGCAACAUUUACAAGGUGUGUUUUUCCAUAGAACUCCAGGCUAUGACAUCUGGGAGUUUUCCCACCUUUGGGAGUGAUGAAACAAAACAUUGGGGAGCACAAUACGCCAGAAUACACAGUUUCUAAGUUUUAGGAGAUGUGUUCAAACAUCUUGAGAAUGGGGGUGGAUGGGAAAAACCGGCAUGUCCUGACUUCCUUUCCAGCGAAGAGGUUCACGCAUCCUGUUUUCCUUCUAGCAUGUCAUCUAGAUUGACAAUUAAUUACAAGUCCAUAAAAUGUUGAUAAAUAAAACACACAAUAAGA